AGUAACUUGCAGAAGCGGUGUUUGUUUCACUCAACUUAAAAUAUUUCCACAUUCAUUAUGCUUUUGAGGGUGCGAUAUUUACAAGCGUCAGUAUUAUUGCCCUUGCGUCCGUUUACACUUAAGAGAGAGGAACAUGGAAAGAAAUUAUUUUUUGCGAAGAACGUUCAGUGAACGUACAGAAUAAAUAUCAUAUGUUUUGUUUUAUACAAAUGAAGGAAGCUAUGUUGUCACUAGUAGAUCAACUGCAUUGGAGAAGAAAACAAACAAUAGCGUCAAAUGCUCGCUACUGAUUUAUUUCCGAAGACACAUGUGAACGACGUUUACGAGAUUCUAUUGAUGACUAUGAGACUAGAUCUUCAUGCAAGAAAAAAAUGUAUUGUAAUCACUCAUUAUAAGAAAAACAGCGCAAUUAAUAACAAAAAGGAUUGUUCUGCUUUGUGUUCAAAAUACAUGCUGCAUAGGUAGUACAGAACUGGUUCGUGUUUGUCAAGUACCCUACAUUUGUUUAGGGUUUGGUCUGACAUCUCGCGGAAAGCAUCGAAAUUAGUCAGUGUAGUGUUUGCUACGAUGGCAUCUGUAGCGACUCAGUUCCCGCCUCCAACAUAUUCAUCAUCGUAUUUUAUACGAAAUAUAUUCAAAGAGGAUAACACGAACGUGUCAGGAACAGUUUCUAAAGCAAGACUUUCACAGCUUGGAGAUUAUUUAGCAACGUUCUUGUCCAAGCGUCUGACGAACGACUCGGCAGAGAAACGAAAGGCGCCUUGCGACAAUGCUACCGCUGCGGAUGUGAGCGACUUCUGGCGACAAGCGUCGCCCGGGCCCACGGCGCUGAACGCCUUCCGCCGCUGGCGCCGAGGUGGCAGCAGCAGCAGCAGCAGCGGCAGCAGCAGCAGUAGCGGCGGCGAUGGCUCGUCCGGCCGGCAGCCGGGCUCGGACGCGGCGCCCGAGGACGACCGCGCUCUCCUCAAGUUCCUCGCGCUGAAUGCGCUGGAGCUGAGCGCGCCCGCAACGGACGUGCUGCUGCAGAGCCGCGCGCGCUGGUUCCAGCUGUCGGGCCACCCCGACUGCUUCGCGCCCGCCGGCCCGGGCACCAUCUGGAAGAAGCGCAGUGGCGGCGAGGACGACGCCGAGCGCCGCGUCUACGAGGCGCUGGGCGCAGACCCCCUGCUGCGGGACCUGGCGCCGCGCUACUUCCGCGAGGUCACCUUCCGCGGGCAGCGCUUCAUCGAGCUGCAGGACCUGCUCGCCGGCUUCCGCGACCCCAACGUCAUGGAUGUCAAGAUGGGAACGCGCACCUUCCUCGAGUCCGAGGUGUCCAAGACUACGGCGCGGCACGACCUUUAUCAGAAGAUGGUGCAAGUUGAUCCAAGUGCUCCCACACCAGAAGAACAUGAAGCUAAGGCUGUUACGAAACUGCGUUACAUGCAGUUUCGAGAACAACAGAGCUCUACUUGCAGUCAUGGAUUUCGCAUAGAAGCAAUGAAAUUUCGUGGAUCACCACCAGUCACUGACCUUAAGAAAGUAAAAUCUCGAUCAGAACUACUCGCAACAGUGGCACUUUUCUUAGGUGGUCGUGAAGAUGUAAGGCAGAGGUUGGUUGCGAGACUACGAGAAAUAAGAACGAAAUUCGAGCAGUCGGAGUACUUCAAAAGACAUGAGGUUGUCGGUAGCAGCAUAUUCAUGAUUUAUGAUGACACAAAAGUUGGAGCAUGGAUAAUUGACUUUGCCAAGACUCACCCUGUACCCCAAGGAGUGGAAGUCACUCAUAGGAAACCAUGGAUUCAAGGGAACCAUGAAGAAGGUUUCCUGUUUGGUCUUGAUUCACUCAUUCGUGUAAUGGAAGAAGUAGAUCUGAAACAGCCUCCAGAUUUUAAAAAUCCCAUCAUCCCAACUACCUCAGUUCAAUUGAAAUCCUGAAUGGAUGGACAGUAAUUUAAGUGCCAGUGUAAAGACUGAAUAACGGGGACCAGAUGCCAGUGAAGCGGUAGUGAUGUGUUGCUACAGUUUCCUGCAGUGUUUUUUGUGAGAAAGUGAAUUAGAUGGAAGGACAGACUUUGGGAGUCUCUGAUAAACUGUUUACUCAGUGCAGAGAGAUCUUUCAUAAUAUGUAGGAAAUGUAUGGACAUUAAAACUGUAAACAAAGUAAGGUAUAUUAAAUUUCUAUGAAAAUUUGCAAACAGCUGUAUCUCCAAAAAUUACAGGUGAUUGUAAAUUUGUACAUUUUUGUAUUUA